UAAUUUGUUAUAGAAAGGAAAAACGUAUUGUGUAAAAUCGGCUAAACGCUGUUUUUCUGAAGGACUACAGUAUCCUGAAGGUGACACGUGGUAUAACUCAAACUGUGACAAAUGUGUAUGUAGGGUAAGUAUAUAUAAUAAACUCAUAAUGCAACAAACUUUCUCAGCUUCUAAUUGGACCUUGAACAUCCAAUGUUGGGGUCCACAGCGUUGUUUAUGAGAUAUUGUUCCAGUCUCUGGACAGAAAGAGUGCCAUAGCAGAAACGACCAAUCCUUGGAAACGACCACAACAUACCUGCAUUUUUGAAUAAUAUGUAUAUAUACAGUAAUUUCGAUAUUUGACUAUGCUUUGUCUUGAAAUCAUCAUUUGCCUCAACAAUAGACCUUUCCCUUUUUAAGUGAAAUUUUGAUCUAGACUAGCCUGGACAAAAAUUUCAUCACAGCUUGAAAGAGCAUCACAAAAUUAGUAACAUUCGAUUCCGAAGUUUCGUUGCAAAAUGUUGUAAAAUGCGGAUGAUAUAGCCUUGCGAAGUUUGCCGUUUUUCAGUCAUUUGGUAUUACAAACGGGAAAUUGAUAAUCAGUUUCAUGAUCUGAUUAUCAAUUUCCCGUUUGUAAUACCAAAUGACUGAAAAACGGCAAACUUCGCAAGGCUAUAUUAUCCGCAUUUUACAACAUUUCGCAACGAAACUUCGGAAUCGAAUGUUACUAGUUUUGUGAUGCUCUUUCAAGCUGUGAUAAAAUUUUUGUCCAGGCUAGUCUAGAUCAAAAUUUCACUUAAAAGGGGAAAGGUCUAUUUGGUCGAAAGAAGUAAAAUAUAACCUUACUACUCCUGAUAAUGAAUAAUUUACAAAAAGUGUGAGAAAGUCAUGACAAUAUUUAGCAACUAUAUUGUUCAACCUGAUACUUAUGUCGGAGGUGAAGACCCCCUGAGUAGUGACGUUUUUGUCAUCACGGACGUUACCUGAAAAACUAAUUUUGACGGCAUUUUGCAUCAUAGCGCUCGUGUAAGGAAGCAAAAAGUUUUAAAAAUCUUAUGUUUUGUCACAUGUGUUGAAGAUUACCACGAAUUGGUACAAACACAGUUUUUAAUCCAGUCCUCCCUCGGCAAUCUGACGUCCAUGUUGACAAAAACCUUGCUUGCUUAUUAAGCUCCCUAGUAUCAGCUUGUGUUUUUCUUUACAGGAAGAAAACGAAUGUAUUUUUUAAAUUAAAAAGUGACAUUAAAAAGUGAAGUUCGACGCCAAACUCAUUUAGAUCACAGUAUAAUUAUGAAACAUUGCUAUAUCGAGAUAUUUCUCAAAGCCCAAUCUCAAUAUUCAUAAAAAAAAUGGCAAAAAUGAAAAAAUUCAUUUUCGUAGUAUCAGUUUUUGCAUAAAAUUUGUUGCUACUGGUCGUUAAAAUUACAUAUUUACACUAUCAGUAGUCCUUAAAAUGUCCUUUAGAUUUAUAUUCAAGAACCAGAGUGAAGAACCAGAGCGUUAAAAACUCAUUUUUGUAAGGCAGCUUUGUAAAUUAACCAGCAGUCUUGGAUUGAGAUACAGGGUCUUAGCUAGGAUUUGAGAUCUUGGGCGUGUUUCUAAUGACCAGGGUGUGCACAUGUCAAUUACUUUGAGUAGCCAAAUUCACGGUUCUAGUUAUACUCGCCAACAACAGACAAUGCCUGUGGCUGUUCUAUGCUUUGCUACCAAAUUCAAGACGAGCAUACGCUCAUACUGCGCAGUGACAUUAGAAUAUUAAGUUAUUUCAGCAACUCUUGGGGACAUUUAAAACCUUUUUAACACCAUACAGUUCCCAUUAUCCAUCAAAACAUUAAAACAUCACGGAUCACAUUUCGUAAAUUGGAAGAAAUUCUGUGUGUUGUAAGUACUGUAGCAUCACCUUAUUUUAUGAACCUACACGGCCUUAUAUAAAUAAUGAAGCCGCGUUCAUUUUAUCUAGCCGUGUUUUGCCACUUUUGGCCGCGAUAACACGGCCAACACGGCCCUCUAGCUAAGACCCUGUUGAGAUACUUAAAACCAAAUCAUCUGCGCAUAGUAAAUUUUACUUGACUUUCUUGACUUAUUUCGAGUACUUUCACAGGAUGGUGUUUCAAAUUGCGAAAGUACAGAAAGAGUAUGGAAAAAUCAGGCUUGUGAAAAGACAUGUGAAGGUGAUCCUUGCCCCAAGCCAACACAAGGAUGUUUUUGCCCUGGAAGGAAGGUAUUGUUCGAUGGAAAAUGUGUUGACCAACUUGCCUGUCCUUGUAGGCAUAAUGGAAGAACAGUUCAGGUAAGUUCACAG